UGUUAUGGCUGCCCAAUCUGAUAAGAACGUUUCGUGUUUCCGUGUAGUUUCUAAUGACGAUAAAUUUUUUUACGCUAGAACAUUGUGGCAAAUCUAUCCCCUACUAGAUUUGACAGCUCCUGACGAAAAAGCUAUUAAACCAAGUGGUAUUCCUGAUGUUUCAAAAUUCUGCGGAGCAACACAGGCAUCAUUAUCAGGACAAGAAGAGUACGAAUCCUACAAAUUAUCAUGUCGAGUUUCUGUUUCAGAAAAGUAUGCGAGGUUCGUAUGGAGAUGGUCGAUUCCGAAUUCUUUCAAUGCACCGACUGUACAAUUCAAUAUCGGAAAUGCUACAUUGGCUCCCGUUUCUCAAUUUGAAAAUGGUAAGAUGUGGCAGGAGUGGGGUAAUAGCGAAUGCACAUGGACAAAGGACAGU